AACGUUUAAAUUAUCAUUUUUGUGUGAGCCAGGCCGGAUAGAUCUUCUUCCAAAUUGAAGGUGAUUGUAGGCCGUUUCUGAAGAUCGAGGCGACAAAAAUGGUUCUUAAGCGGCAGCAGGCCCAAUCGGAGCCUAUCUAUGAGGCCGCUACCCUGCAGGGUGCCAUCUCUGGAUCCGGGCCGGGAUCCUUAGACCAUCUCCCUCGCACCCAGAGACUCCGAGUCUGCAAGAAGCUGCGUCAAGAGCAGCUCAAGAGGUACUAUGAGCAAGAGAGAACAGAUCAUGAAAAAGGUCGGAGACUGUCUGGGAGACGCCAGACACCGAACUCUAAAGGGGCGAUGGUGAACUUUGACAUCGCCAACAAACUGAGGGAUGCCGUUGCUAGGUUUGACGAUAAAGAAGUGCUAACUCUAUUGGAUCAGAAUGGCGACCCCAAUACAAAAUCAGAGAGCGGAGUCACAGUUCUUCAUCAGUGUUGUAUGGAUGACAACCUCUCGGUCGCUGAGAUUCUCGUUCAGAGGGGAGCCGACGUGAACCGAAAGGACGAAGACCUUUGGAGCCCUCUCCACUCCGCCUGUGCGUGUGACUCAACUGAGAUCGUACAACUCCUCUUGAAUAAUGGAGCAGACCCGACCGUGAUCGACGUCGAUGGCAACGUCCCGUCGGACCAAGCACCUGCUGGCUCAGAAACAAAGAUGGUGAUUGAAACUCAUAUGAAAGACAAUGGAUUUGACGAUGUCGCUGUCAAGAACAUCAAGAAGAAGGAAGCGAAGCGGAUGCUCGCUGAUGUCAAAGACUUCAUCGCUACAGGUGGAAACGUGAACACUGUCAAUGAUCGAGGUACAACUCUUCUUCACAUCGCUGCAGCAAACAACUACCGAGAUGUAGCCAAGCUACUCCUAGACAGAGGGGCAAACAUCGACAUCAUCGAUGACGAAGGAUUGACCCCGCUCCACGUCGCAGCCAAGUACGGUCAGACCAAGAUGGUCAAGCUCUUGGUCAAGAGGAAUGCUAACCCUCGUCUGAAGAGCAUACAAGAACAGAAGGCUGCAGACCUAGCCUCAUCUGAGCUGAUUGAGGAGUUAUUGAAGGCCGCUGAUCAGGAGUACAACCCUGUUUGUCCGCCGUCCCCCCGUCCUGAUCCUGAUGAUCUAGAUGAUGAGGUGGAAUUAGAAAGAGUCAAUAGCAAGACUUUACGAUCAAGAGCUACGCCCCUCUCUAAGACAGACCAGCUUUUUGAAGCAGAGACGAGGAUACAAGAUGAAGGUGAUACCUCCCCCACAGUCACGGAGGAGAAUUUUCAGGGCAUUGGAUUGAAAGUUGUAAAGGAAGAUGAUUCGGUAUAUCUGCCAUUGCCAACUAAGAGUGAUGAUCUUGCCAGGUUGCCUGAGAUGACGGAGAAUGUUAUACUGCAAGAACUCAUGCUGAGAUACAGCAGAGAUAUUAUCUAUACCUAUGUGGGUGAUAUCCUGAUAGCAGUCAACCCUUUCAAGGAGCUGCCAAUCUACUCCAGGACAUCAUCCAACCAAUACACGAACCUGCUAGAGCGCACCAAGAGGACCCCUCACAUGUUCGCCGUCGCGGACCGGGCGUUCCAAGCGAUGCUCAGGGAACGCCGGUCGCAGUGCUGCAUCAUCAGCGGAGAGAGCGGAGCCGGGAAGACGGAGUCCUGCAAGUAUUUUGUGCAACAUCUCCUCAGUCGUGCCAACAGCUGUGAGAGCCUCCUGAAUGAGAAGAUAGAACAGGUGAACCCAUUGUUGGAGUGCUUUGGGAAUGCUCAGACGAUAAUGAAUGAUAACUCCAGUAGAUUUGGUAAAUACUUGGAACUCAAGUUCUCCGCAGCAGGGAACGUUGUCGGAGCCCAUCUCUCUGAGUACUUGCUGGAGAAAUCUCGGAUCGUGAGCCACGGCGAAGGAGAGAGAAAUUUUCACAUCUUCUAUCUUCUCUUUGAUGGUCUUACACAUGAUGAGAAAGAGUACUACGGUCUGAAGUCACCAGGCCAACACAGAUACAUGAGGUCAGAGGGCAAACCGUCGCUGGGACCGACCAAUCAGCAAGCUAAGUUCAGAGCUGUCAGAGAUUGCCUCAGACUGAUUGGAUUCUCCAACGAAGAUGAGGAUAGCUUGUUCAGUGUGUUGUCAGCCAUCUUGCUUCUUGGGGAUCUCAACUUCUGCACCCAGGAGAACUCUGAAGCUGCAGUGCUGACCAAUCCGGACGUAGCAGAGAAGGCUGGAGAACUGCUCCAUAUUCCUGGGGAUGAGAUUGUGGGGGCCAUUUUGUCAGAGACAACUUAUACCAGAGGUGAAUCAAUUACCAAGUACAGGACCCCACUCCAGGCUGCUGACUGCCGAGACGCACUGACCAAGGCCCUCUAUAGUCGACUGUUCAGUUGGGUCGUCAACAACAUCAAUCAGUUGUUGGAGCCGCUGGAUGUCAACCAGGAGAACAUUAUCGAGAUCGGUGUCCUCGAUAUCUUUGGAUUUGAAAACUUCAUCAAGAACAGCUUUGAGCAGCUAUGCAUCAAUUUAGCCAAUGAGCAGCUUCAGCAUUACUUCAACGAGCACAUCUUCCAGAACGAGCAGGAGGAAUGUGAGAAGGAAGGUAUCCAGCUGAACAAGGUUAAUUUCACCAGCAACCAGCCCGUCCUCGAUGUCUUUCUAGAGAAACAUCUUGGUCUCACUGCCUUGAUUGACGAGGAGAGUCAUUUUCCGAAGGGAACCAACCAGAGUCUAGCCACCAAGCUUCAUAAUGGUCCAGGAGUCAGGUCCAAGACCGUCUACAAGGCUCCUAAAGAUCUAGGAAUGACCUUCUCUGUCCUUCAUUACGCUGGCAUUGUUUGUUACAAUGUGAGCGGAUUCCUUGAGAAGAAUCGAGAUACCCUCGCUAAAUCAGUCCUCUUCACAAUGAAAACGAGUAACAAGCCCUUGAUCCGGGAACUGUUCCAGAACCGUCUGACAAGGACUGGGUCUCUUGCACCCAGCGCUCGUCAGCGGCAGUCCAGACGGACCCGAUCUAUCAAGAACUCCAAGGAUGCGUUUGCCUUCUUCCGCAAACAGAAGCUAUCUGGCAAAGAGAGCAGGGUACAAAAGAGAGGUAAGGGUGACAGACCUGUGAUUGGAACUGAACGCAAGGGACCAGCAACGGUACUGUUUCACUUCAAGAACUCUCUUGCUGAGCUAAUGGGUAAGAUGAAGAGGUCCUCCCCUCACUUUGUCCGCUGUGUCAAACCGAACACCCACAAGCUACCGGACAAGUUUACUCCGGAGUACGUGGUAGCCCAGCUUCGCUAUACCGGUAUCAUGGAAACAUCCCGCAUCAGGAAGCAAGGCUUUCCUCUUCGUCUCACUCCAGAAGAAUUCGUGGAGAGGUAUGCUGGUCUGGUUGCUAUGGCUACCAUCAAGGUUAAAAUCCUGGCUGAUUUGGAGAAAUGUCGUUUCACCUUGAAAGCAUCAGGCAUUACAGACUGGCAGAUUGGAACCACAAAGCUGUUCUUUCACUACUGGCACGUAGAAAGGCUUGCUGAGCUUAGCGCCAAGAUAGACAAGAGACUACUGUGCUGUCAAAAAGUGAUCCGUGGGUUCCUGGUACGGAGACAGAUGAAGCACCAAUGGGAGAUUGUAGAGAGCCAGAGAAAGUACAUCGCUAGCUUCCUCUCUGAUAUUCAACUCAAGGGGGAGACAUUGAUCCAGACCCUAAACAAGUGUGAAGAAGGUUGCCCCGACGAUCAUGAACAAGAAGAUGAAGAAAAAGAAGGAGAAGAAGAGAAGGAGGAAUUCCAGCAUGCGCUGAAUGACCAUGACGAGGCUCGUAACGUGGAGCAGAUGUUUCUGGAUGUAGCUGAGAGCGAAGAAUCAAGGAUGAGUGCGAUUCCGAAUGUGCCUCCCCCUCCACCGCUAACCAAUGGGGUCUACAAGUCGGAGUCUGCGCUGACUCUGCCUAUGACACGAGCCAGCCCCCUAGUCCAGGAAAAAUCAGCACCUCCACAGAGGACGAUGUCUUCCACGAAGGUGAAAUCGGUGCCUCUUUCAUCCCUCCUCCGCUACCCUUUGUCAACGGAAACACGGUGAGGAAAGAGGCAGAGGAUGAGUUGGCGGACUGUGGGUAUGUCAGCAUGAAAGAUGCUCCUCCGGCUCUGAAACAUUCCCUGAAGCUAGAUAACAACGA